GUUGAAAAUGGAGCUGAUGGUGGCCAAGAUGAUAUUCUAAAUCAAAGUGACCAUUCUCUUCCCACAAUCGCCCAUGAAGGCGUUGAAGGGAAGACUAUCAGCACCAUUCAGGAGGCCGUCAGAGCUCUUGGACCUAGCAGUAUCAAGUAUUUUCCGUUUUCAAGGAUCAUCCGAAGCUCUAUUAAGAUGAUUAAACAAACCGAUAAUAGUCCAUGUGAAGGUCUGACAAUUAGCAAACAAAAUAGUGAUAAAUUAUCCUCGUAUGAAGCAUUACUUAAGUACUAUGGAAAGUAUCACAUCCAGAGUAUCAUUAAGCUGAACCUCCAAAACAUGUCUACUUAUGAACAGCUUCAGAAGGUAGUUGACCUGAAGAAGAUGUACUCCAAGAAAGAUUGGCUGAACAAUAAGAAGGAAAAAGGACAAUCUUUUCAGGAAUUUGUGAGGACUAAGAGCAGGAACAGGGUCUCCAAGAAUAAGAAUGUUGUCUACAUCAUGUGUAUGGACAAUGAUAUCCCCGAUGAUGCUCUUGAGAAACUCCAAAAGUACUGUGCUGCUUUCUUCCAUGGGCUCGAUGUGAAGAUUAUACAAGAGAGGAUUGAUGUUCCCACCAGUUUGAAGAAAUUUAAUAUUACGUCUCGAAAAAGGAAAGAUACGAAUAAAGUUCAGUAUUUAGCAACAGACUUGCUAGAUCUCCUGAUGGAGAAAUAUAUUCCUGAAGACGCCUACUGAAUCAUUGGCAUCAUCAACAAGGACUUGUACCCGAAGCCUAACUGGACAUUCGUCUUUGGAUGUGCCAGAGUCAGGAAAAGAACAGGUGUUUUCUCUUUUGCAAGAUAUGACCCAGAAUUUGAGAAGCCUAGCAACAAGUAUAAUCCUAAGAGCAGAGAUUCUAUUAGUGAGAAGGAUGAAGAGACAAGAAAGCUCAUCCUUCACAGAGCUUGUAAGACUAUUACACAUGAAAUCGUUCACAUGUUCGGAGUAAGACACUGUAUUGUCAACGAAUGCUUGAUGAAUGGCACUAAUCGUAUGCAAGAAGGCGACUUAAAGCCCUUCCUUCUUUGUCCAGUCUGAUUAAGAAAACUGCACUAUGCUAUAGGAUUUGAUAUCAAGGAGCGGUAUAUCCAUCUCGGGUCUGUCCUAGAGACUGAUUUCCAAGAAAAUGAUCAUUUCGUAGCUCACCUCGAAAUGCUUGAUUAUAUCAUUCAAAAUACUGUAGAACCAAGAUCUAGCUCCAAAGGAAUCCUUGAAGAAGAAGUUGAAGAACAGUGCCAAGAAUUCAUUAAGAAGAUAGAGUUAGGAGAUGAAGCCUCAAGACUUGAAUCUCAGAUCGAAAACUCUCAUGAGAGGCUGGACAAACUUGAAGAUGAUAUGGUUCCGCCUAAUGAUAUGGUAUUGUAUGGCAUCAAGAGGAAAGCUCGCUUGUUACAGAGGCCUAAGAAAAACAAAGCUAAGAAAACUCAAACAACUUGUUGUUGCAAGUGAACUAUCUUUUAAGAUCUGUGCCUGAGUUUGCCAUA